AUGAUUCUGACAUUUUCUAAUUUCAAAAUAAUCAGAGACAAAAAUAAAUAGAAGCUAUUACAAAUAACUAAGCAGAAUUAAUUUUUUUGUAAAAGAAAUAAGAAGUAAAACAAAACAUUUUGGGUAUCAUAGAUUUAUUUUGAAACCCUACAGUCCUAGAAACAUUUUAAUAGCUAAAAAUCCUUUAAAUAGGCUUAUAAAAGGUGUAUGUUGCUCAUCUAUUAACAGUAUAUAUUUAAAAAAAUUUAGGCAAAAACUAAAGAAUUUGUUGUCAGUGUAAAACUAUAUUAAAUUUUUAUGUAAACUGCCUAAUUAUCAAAAUCAAUACGGUAAAAAAGAUAAAAAGAUAGAUCAUUGAAGCGCGAAACGAGUUAUUUGUGUAUAAAUUAAAACAAAAAAUAAUGA